GUGAAAAAAACGGAUCCAAAUCGUCGAAACUUUUUGGUUGCUAUAAAUUGAGACACUCGGACUUUCUUGUUCUUCUCUCUCUCUCUCUCUCAUAUCAAAGAAAGUUUUAGGGUUGUUAAUUUCAGAGUCGCGAGAGCCCUAUCAGUGCUCAGUUUGAAAAUGCCUCGUUAUGAUGAUCACUCUGGCAAUAUUCGGCUUUACGUUGGUCGCUUGUCUUCAAGGACACGUUCGCGGGACUUGGAGAGCCUCUUCAGCAGAUAUGGGAGAGUACGAGAUGUGGAUAUGAAGCACAACUUUGCUUUCGUUGAAUUUAGUGACUCCCGGGAUGCUGAUGAUGCAAGAUAUGGCUUAAACGGUAGAGAACUUGACGGAAAUCGCAUUGUUGUGGAAUUUGCAAAGGGAGAGCCAAGAGGUUCUCGAGAACAUCAGGGUAGAGGUCCUUCUCCUGGGUCUGGACGGUGCUUCAAUUGUGGAAUCGAUGGUCACUGGGCUCGAGAUUGCAAAGCUGGAGACUGGAAGAACAAGUGUUAUCGUUGUGGUGAAAGAGGGCAUAUAGAAAAAAAUUGCCGGAAUGCUCCCAAGAAGAAGCUUGGACGUGAUCGGAGUUACUCUCGAUCACCAGUGAGAUCACGCUCUCCUCGUCGUGGAAGAAGCCGAAGUCGAAGCCCUAGCUACAGCCGGUCAAGAUCUCCUCCAAGAAGACAACGGAUGAUUGAGCGUGAAGAGAAACGAUCAAGGAGCUAUAGUAGAACCCCGGAGCCAAGGGGUAGUCCGCCUCCCUCCAAAACAAGGAAGCGCAGCCUAACCCCUGAGGAGGACAUCAGAGAAAGGCCCAAGAGAGGGAAGCAGCCUACUAAGCAGGAAAGGUCAGAGUACAGCGAGAGCCCCCGACCAAAAAGCAGAAGCCCUGAAAAGGAUAGUCCUGCUGCUGGAAGGUAUAGGAGCCCUUCAGAAGCUAAUGGCGUCAGUCGCAGCCCUAGUCCUCGCGUUGACAGACGCCCUCCUGUUGAUGAUGACGAUGAUGACAUCCAUCGUUCCCCAAGAGGAAGCGAGUCGUCUUGAUCUGUCUCACAAAUUGGGAUCAGAGUUUGGGUUUAGGCAAGGAAACUAGAAAUAUUGCCCCUAUUGUCCUAUUUGCAUUGUUGUUGGAAUUGAAAAUUUCUUGGGAAGCUAUAUGAUCAGAUACUGUUUCUUUUGAGAGUACAUUCCUGUUUGUUAACUAUGAAUGUUUCUUAUGAUAGCUAUAUAUGCUUUCUGUUCUAUGGAAACGAUGAAUUUGAUGAA